AUGUUGAUAUUUGGGUACAGUAAGGGAUACUCGAGUCUACAAGCGAGUAGUUUCUUGAACUCACCCUCGACGUACGACUCCAAACAAUCAGCGCAAGAGAACUGGCGAAGCUACUUGCCAAGGCGAAGCAGCUUGGGUAUCAAGAGACAGAUACCGUCGACGACGAAAAUGCCCGACGCAAUCAGAAACCCAAAGCUACCGGGCGCGAUUGCUAGCCAAUGUCGCCCUCACUCCACAACUUCAUAUCAACCACUUUCCCUCGAAAAAGCUCGAGCACCAAAUCAUACGAACACAGCCCAAGUCCUGCGAGACGAGCCUCUCUCGGCAAACACACAUCUCAAUGCCCAAAGGGCUACUCCUUCUGCGAAGGAAGGUGGCUACAGCAUUCAGAGCAUACUAGGUGUUGCGGGUAUACAUGAUGAGGUACCAACAGCUGCUGGGACUGCUAAGAAACAGGGGCAAAUGACUGGAUCCGGAUCGCAGGUCGUAGUUCGUGUUGCGAGGUCUCGCAAUGCCCCGAAGAGAGGGCUGGCACAAGACACGAGAGGUGGAGUGCAGAGCCAACGUCCUAGAAAGUCAGUUCGAGCACCGGCUGGGAAAGUCAUCUCUGUCGAUUUCUGCCUAGCCUCCCGAGCUUGUUGUCAUCUCUCGACUCGGAGCCAUAAUUUGAAGACAAUGGCGAUCGUUAAACCAAGCGCUUUCUGGUCUCCUACCCAUCGCCCUUUCAAAGUUCUCACAUCACUCAUCUCGACUCAUCCUCCCGCCGUUUGUGCAACAUUCGCGAUAAAUAUCGCAGCAAGAUGCCGAAAUCAAAUUGCAUGUAUUUGGUUGAAUCCGAAGGGUCUCAACACAUAUUUCAAUACCGGAUUUAGAGCGGAUGACGACAACAUAAGUCCGUCAAAAUCUCACUCCGCCGACGGACGGACGUCGCGAACUCGCGGACUUAACAUUGAUAAGCAACUCGCGUGCUUAACAUUAAUAAGCCCGGAGCCCCUUGACACCGCAUCAGGAAAAGAUCGGCCGAGCGCAACGUCAAAUCUCACGACGAACGAGCACUACCCAUACUGA